GGGCAGGUAUGAGUACGUGCGUAGGGAAGUGAUGUAUCUCGGAAAGGACAGUGGGGGGAGGGACGUUAUUGACUUUCCUCUCAAGCUUGACUGCCUGUUCUUCUCGCAGCUCUGCACGCGCCUGGCAGCUCCCCUCGAGCACCCCCAUCAGCACUUUGUGCGUCUGUGGCUGGCUCUCCCCAUGAGACGCCUGGUGGCGUCGUGGACCAACCUCGGCCCCAAGGCUGAGACCCUGCCGGUCCACUACAGCCACGCUGUCAAGUGGAGUAAGUCUAUUCCGGCAGGUGUCAAGACAGAGGCCCUGACCAAGCACAGAGCCCUUUACAAGGCUUUGCUUGGUCAUAGGGAGACUCGGGCCAUGUUGGGCCUGGAGGAAGGCACAUGGGCGAGAAUCCAGCCUAAGGGUUUGGAUCACAGGCUGCAGGACCUGAACUGGCAGUGCCUUCAUGGUAAGCUGCCAGUCAGGGACGUCUUGCACAGGCAUAAGCUGACCAGACACCCCCGCUGCCCCAGGCCCGAGUGCAGCGAGGAUGAGACCAUCAAGCACGUGUUUUGGGACUGCGGGCAUGCACAGAGAGUCUGGGGGUUGGUAGCGGGCCUGUGUGGACGUGUAGACCCGCAGCCCGGUCUGACCUACGACAAGGUGUUGAAGGGGUGGGACCCCAACCUCCAUAACCCCUUCGGCCCCUGGAUGUGGCUGCUGGUCAGCAUUACCAAGCGAGAGCUUUGGAAUGCCAGGACCGCGCUCAUCCGCAGAGGGGUUCGUCUGGAGGCACAAGGGGUAUUCCGCAAAAUCCGGGCCGAUUUGGGUUUCAGGAUGGAGACCGACGUCAUCCAACGGGGCUACCACGAGGCCAAGGAGAGGUGGAGGGGCCUCUUUUGGCUUUAGCCCCGUUUCAUUUAGGUGGUGACGCUCCAUCCUACAGGGUCGACAUGACGCACUGUCCUGAAGCACACAGGAGGUACUUUGGGUUUUAGGAUGAUGCAUAACCCUGUUUUAACCCGACCCUUGUGCCGAGGCCUGAGGUCUACGGGUCUGUUCCUUUUUUAAGGUUUUAAUAUUUUAAUGGCUUGCAUUUGAGGUGACAUUUUAAUUAUGUUAAUGGCCAUAUGAUUGUAAUUAGAUUUUAAAGUGUGUAUAUGUAUUACUUGUUUUUAUUGUUAUGUUUUGCUUAUCCUAUAGGGAAUGGUUCUGUAAUAUAUUUGUUUAAUAUUGUU